AUGGGUCCGGCGCAACAUUCUCCGGCACGGCCUCACCAAUGCUCUGGAAGCGAGCUCGCGACCUCCAACUCGACCGCUAACCGCUUCCUCGGCACUGCGCAGAAAUCGUGGAUGACAAACAGCGCUCCUCCACCAGCCCUGGGGCUUCCCAAAAAGCCUACUGUCACUCCGACCAAGCCUCGAGUCGUCACGAAACUGCCUUCCAAGAAUCCCACGAUCCCACCCCUCGGGGGCUUCACCACAGCACCCCAGCCAAAUCCAAAGAUAAACGGACGAUCUCCUGUCAAUCAUGCCAAGCGACACGCGACCGAUCCUGUCAAGAAUACCUCUGCCGAUCGUCCAGCCGUGUUGUAUACGGAGCUGGCUCCAGCGUCGCCCAUCACUCCUGGAGCCAGCUUCCCAGACAGCACAGCUGGCCGCGGCCCAGCUGUUGCUGAUGUUCUGCCUCAUAAAAAGAUGGAGCCAGCGAAUGUCGACAUUCCCCAUCAACCGCCUGUUCUUCCAUCUCCCGAGCCAAGUAAUGACUCACACCCUAGUCCUGUCGCUAUUCCUGAAGCCAACCCUCAGCCUGUCGUGUCUACGUUGGCAAAACCACAGUCAGUGACAGGGGAAGGAAUUGCGCCCACACUACCUGCUAUCACUCAGACAAAGCCCCCGUCGACUCUUCACAGCCAGUCGCCGUCGGUAACUGUCUCAUCUUUACCCAGCAACUCGCCCGUGUCACUCACACCAGUCCCCACGUCCCCAUACACCAAUUCCAUAUGGAAGCAUGCCAUGAAUCGAUUAAAGAUUCUGCAGGAAAAGUCUGCAGAACAGAAUAGCUUGUCUGAAACCGUGGAACUACCGCGAUUGCGCAUCUUAGAAGACGCAUGUCUCACCCAAGACAUGUUUUAUUUGGCUCUGCAUCAAGUCUACUGUAUUAACUCGUUUGCUCCUUCCCAGCUGCAGUCUCUUCAUCCACUUGGAAUUCAACCUGACGUUGGUCUGAACGUGAUCAGACAGCUGCUAGUGGACAAUCAGCGCUUAUCAGGAGACUUCUUGAAGUGGUGCGUCUCCUAUCCAUCACCACUCUUCUCGAUGCUGGAGUUUGAAGACUACAGAACAGCUCUGUCCCAGGUGGCUACUUGCCUAUCAAGUAUCUCAAAACGAUGGCAUCUCUAUGAGCAUGAACUUCGGGCCCGCGCUUUCCCGCCACAAGUUGACGAACUAGUAGACCGCUUAGGCGUGAAAUCACCUACUCUACAAAGCAUCAUAUUCACCGCCCUGUCUCGGCGUCUUUUUGGGCCCCGUGAACAACUACUCAAGGCGUGCAGCUCGCUUUUUGAACAAGAUAAAGCAAACUACGAAAAGCGUCAAACUUACGACAAAGCCCAAAGGGAAAGGGAGGCAUUAGCAUAUUCACAGCAAUGUAGAGAGAUCUGCACCUCUCAUGGCGUGUUUCCGCACCCCAGCCAUGCCAGCAAAAACAACACGCAAAGCAAACACACCGCAGCCCCUAUCCCGGCGCCAAUUCCUGCGCCAUCGCCAGCCUCAACAACAGCACCCCAACCUACCCUUAAACCCCCUCCAGGUCCCCUCUACCAACAAGGACAGCAUCCUCCUCCAUUUCCACUCUACCAGCAACCACCGAUGGCUCAUUACGGCUCUCCUAGUUUGCCACGGCCGGAUUCUGGACCUUUUAUGAACACACCACCAAACUCUGCAUUGCGACAAGUUCAACAAUUCUCCUAUCCGCCAUCGUCACAGGUCCUUUCGUCGAGCAUUGCGCAAAUUAAUUCACAACACCAGGCUAGUUCGCAAGUCCCACCUAUGGCAACGUCCAGGCAAGAUGUUCGACAAGGUCCUACUCCUGUUGCAACUCCUAAAAAUUCCGUGCCACCCCAACAGGCGCAAUCUACGGGCCUUGAAAGUAAGCCACGUCGCGGACCAAAACCAAAAGCCGGUUCUGCUGGUUCUGCUGCACAAGCGCACGUGGGUCACCCAGCUUACGCUCCAAACUCGCAUACUGGCCCGCCGUCUUAUGCUGGCCCAAUGGUCCAUAUGGCAUACAGUAACCCAUAUCCUACAACUCAGAACAUGCCUGCUCCAAUCACAUACGGCCAGCCGGCAAUGCCCCCUUUCAUAUCUCAACUAAGCAUAAGCCAUAUGACGCCAAUGGCAAUGCCCUCUCAGCUCGGGUCGAGACCUCCUAAACACCAGCCUCAGCAGGCAUCGCCUACAACUUUUCCUCCUCAUCUCCCACUUUCUAAUGUUACGCCUGGCUCAUCUACCACUACGCUCCAGAGCAAUAACCGUUCUUCCCAACCGGGUAUGAAUGCAAACGCGACACCCUCACUCGUCCAUUAUUUCUCGGAUUUCGCAAUGCCUGCAACGAAGUUGGCAUCCAACCGAUCCGCAUUCAAGUUUCCGUUCCGGGUGUCGCUUGAAGCGCUCGAAAGACGCCCGCGCCUCCUUCCACAAGGGAGUAAUAGUUCUUCUUUGGCUCCACACUUUUCGGAUGGCAAUGUGUCGUAUCGCCUUCGUUGUAUCAAAUGUGAAGGUCAACUUAACAUCGACUCGUUGCCUGUCUGGUCUCGAGCUGAGAAUGCCUGGCCCGAUGUCAUCUAUAUCCAUGUCAACAAUAAGGAGGUGCACAGGCCACAUAACUCAAAGACUCUGCCGAUCGAUAUCAAUCGCUUUUUAGAGCCUGGUAUGAAUGAGAUUAGACUAAAUGUCUUACACAAUGCCCAGCAGCGAGCCAGAAACGUUACCUACGCAGUUGCCGUUGAAGUCUUGCGAUUCGCCGACCCGAUGAGCUUCCAGAGUCUAGUCAAAAAGUUGCCUUCCCGAGAAUCGCUCCAGCAGAUUCAGAAUCGACUCGGGGUGAAUAAUGAUGACGAGGAUCUAAUGAUCAUGGACAACUUCAUUUCGAUUGAUCUGCGAGAUCCCUUUACCACACGAAUAUUCGACACUCCCAUCCGAGGGGAGGGCUGCACACAUAGGGAGUGUUUUGAUCUCUCCACUUUUUUGCAAACAAUCACCUUCGCGCCUUCAUCACUAGGAAAACGCACGCCGUAUUUACGCUGUCCUAUCUGUAGGAAGGACAUCCGCCCUCAUCUGCUAAUAGUUGACGAGUUUCUCCUCGAAAUACGGGCUACUCUCUCGCAGCAACAGAAAUCAGAAACGGCAAAAUGCAUUCGUGUAAAAUCUGAUGGCUCUUGGGAAGCAGUCUUGGAUACGGAGGAAGAAAACAAAACCCCAAGCAAGAAAUUGAAGCGCGAUCGGGCUUCUUUCGAAUCCGAUCUAUUCAAGACUGAACAAAGUCGUGAGAGUAGCCUCUCACGCAUCCCCGAGGCUGUGCAAGUUAUCGAAUUAGAGUAA